AUGGGCAGUGCCAGCCCCGGGCUGCCCGCUCUGCCCCCCGGCCGCCUCUCCUGGCCGGACCCCGCGCUGCUGCCGCCCCCCCGGGACCCCGAACCCCGGCGCUGGGGGUGCCCCGAGAGCCCCAGCCCCCCCGGGACCCCCGAGCAGCCCCUGCCAGCCUUCUGCCUGCACUACUUCGACAUGCUGUACCCGGAGGACGCGGCCUGGGCCGCCAAGGGCACCGGGGAGCCGGCCCCGAGCAGCGGGCAGGGCGGGCGGGACGAGGCGAGGAAGGAGCCGGAGCAGUGUCCCAUCAUCGACAGCCAGGGGCUGGGGCUGGGCACCGAGGGGGACCUGCAGGACAGCCUGCACCUGGAGGAGCACUCGCUGGAGCAGGUGCAGAGCAUGGUGGUGGGCGAGGUGCUCAAGGACAUCGAGACAGCCUGCAAGCUGCUCAACAUCGCCGCAGACCCCAUGGACUGGAGCCCCGGCAAUGUGCAGAAGUGGAUCCUGUGGACGGAGCACCAGUACCGGCUGCCGCAGAUCGGGAAGUCCUUCCAGGAGCUGUCGGGAAAGGACCUGUGUGCCAUGUCCGAGGAGCAGUUCUGCCAGCGCUCCCCCGCCUGCGGCGACAUCCUGCACGCCCACCUCGACAUCUGGAAGUCCGCCGCCUGGAUGAAGGAGAAGGCUGCCCCCGGAGAUGUCAGAUACUGCGGAGGUGACACCGGCUGGGCCGACAGCGAGGUGGACUCGUCCUGUGCCGGCCAACCCAUCCACCUGUGGCAGUUCCUCAAGGAGCUGCUGCUGAAGCCGCACAACUACGGCCGCUUCAUCCGCUGGCUCAACAAGGACAAAGGCAUCUUCAAGAUCGAGGACUCGGCGCAGGUGGCGCGGCUGUGGGGCAUCCGCAAGAACCGCCCGGCCAUGAACUACGACAAGCUGAGCCGCUCCAUCCGGCAGUACUACAAGAAAGGGAUCAUCCGCAAGCCCGACAUCUCCCAGCGCCUCGUCUACCAGUUCGUGCACCCGGUGUGA